ACCACAAAUGUUUUGAGUCUGAUAGGACUGCUGCUUCGCUCGAGAAAAGAAUGGGAGGCAUACUGAAAGACUGCAUGAGAUUUCAAUCAUUCUACGACGAGAUCGAGCGUCGACAUCCAAGUGGUAUUCCUUACACUGAGCAUAUAAAAGAAGCUCAAGCUCGAUAUGCUCGAUCUGACCCCAAAACCAAGUCCUUCACCUUCAUCCACUGCUGGUUGGAGGUUAGGCACACCGAGAAGUUUCUAUCUCUGCAAGAGGCCAUGAAGCAAUCAAGGAGGCCAAGCACAUCAGACAAGCGUGCUACACCAGCUGAAGAUGAAGGAAAUGAAGGAGGUCAAGACUCGACACCAGCUAACUCUUCCAUGCCUGCUGCCAAGCAAGAUCGACCUCCGGGUCGGAAACAGUCGAAGGAGAAGGUGAAGAGAAAUGGACGAGAAGUUGAUGAGUGCAUAGAGGUCUAGGGCAGCUUUGUUCAGAUGAAGGUGGAAGAAGCAAAACAAAAAGAUGAAAGGUGGAAAGAAGCUACCAGGAUUGAGCAGAAGAAGCUUGAAGAAUCUACUAGGAUUGAGGAGAAGAAGCUAGAGAUGGAGGAGCGGCGGUUGAUAUGGGAGCAAGAGCAAAAGAUUAUGUUCUGUGAUCUCAGCUCGAUGGACGAGAGUCAAAGGAUCUACGUUCGAGCGAUAAGGGCACAGAUUGCAGCGGCAAAGGUUGCCUCACUCAACUCGGGGGCAGGCGAGCAUGCCAACGGGGCAGCUGGGGAUGCCGUAAGCUCCGCGUGAUUUGAAGCUGCUAGCUAAGGAUAACCUGAGAUGCUGUAGUGUUUUUUUGUUCAGUGAAUUAUCUAUGCUUGCUGGUGUAAUCUGAAUUUUGGAUGCUGCUGAACCUGUAAUGUGCAACACAGACACUUGUAAUGAAAGUUCAGUUAUAGUAUAUGUGAUUCUGCCAUUUUGGUAUAGGUGCUUGCUGCCAUGAAUUCUUUUACCAGGUGUUCAAUUAUAGUAUUCAGAAA